AUGGCAAAAUCGCGAAGACCCCCAUCCGGCCGACUCCCUACUCAGCGCUCUACUAGGCGGGCUGUCGUUGACGACCCUCCCUCCGCCGCUCCCGUCGCACCACCAGACGCUCCACCGAUGGUUUACUCAGACCCUUUUUUGCCCGAUCCCAUUGCAUUUGCACCACCGAUGAGACCUUUCACCAGCACCAGCGCCGGUCAUUCAUUGGCUGUCCGGGUGGAUUAUGACGAAUAUCAUGCGGUCGUCAUACCGGUAAGUGUCACUCGAACUCCUCCUCUAUUCACCACUAUACAUACCACCACCACCGGCGUCGGUUCGUCUACUUCACGACCGCCGGCCGCCAUAACCCUUCCCCAUCCAACACCCAAACCCCUUUUUCUUGCCCUAACCACACCACCAUCUAUCACUCCUACAACCUCCCCUAUUCCUCCGCCUCUUAACCCUCCAUCCACUCAACAGCCCCCUAUUCCCCUUCCAUCUACACCACUCGGCCCACCCACCAUACAUGACUUCGACCUUAACCUUAGUGAUACCCUAGGGGAGGAGUUCCAAUUUGACUUUGAAGAAAAUGCUUCUACAAAUCCAAAGGAUUUGUUUUCUUUUGCUGUUCCUGAGACAAUAGAAGAACAACCACAGCAACCCCCAGAGACUCAAACAGAAAAUGAACCUCCUGUUGAGGAAAUACCAGUCACUGCCCCCAGUGGGCAGACUGUGAGCACAAAAUCCUCAUCAGGAAGUAUUGCAAGUUCAAGCUCAGAGUCUAUUGUUCCACAACCAAUACCAAAACCAGUGCCUGGAGACAGUGAUUAUGAGGAUGAGAUGGCUCAGGAUUUAGAUAAUGUUGAAGAUAUGGCAGAGGAGACUAGGGAGAAGGAGAAAAUUGAAGAGGAAGUUCCAGAAAUGGAGGUUUUGGAAGUCAGUAAACCAAAACCCUCCAAAAAGAGAAAGGCAGCAGCAAAAUAG